UGGUGCGCGGUGGGCACGGACGAGCGGCGCAAGUGCGAGCAGUGGAGGCGCGCGAGCGGCGGGAACGUGAGCUGCGAGUCGGCGCCCAGCGGCGAGGACUGCAUCGCGCUGGUCCAGAAAGGAAAAGCUGAUGCCCUGAGCCUGGAUGGAGGCCUUAUCUAUGUUGCGGGCAAGUGCGGUUUGGUGCCCGUCCUGGCAGAGAGCCAAAAAUCACAGAACCCUAAUAAAGCAGGUUGUGUGGAUAGACCGGUGGAAGGGUACCUUGCUGUGGCCGUUGUCAGGAGAUCAGAUGCCGGUCUCACCUGGAACUCUCUGAGAGGCAGGAAGUCCUGCCACACAGCCGUGGGCAGGACUGCAGGCUGGAACAUCCCCAUGGGCCUGCUCUUCAACCAGACAGGCUCCUGCAAGUUCGAUGAAUUCUUUAGCCAGAGCUGUGCCCCUGGGUCUGACCCGAAGUCCAAUCUCUGUGCACUGUGCAUAGGCGACGAGAAGGGUGAGAACAAGUGCGUGCCCAACAACAGUGAGAGAUACUUUGGCUACACUGGGGCUUUCAGGUGA